CUGCUCUCAUUGUCCCUCUUCGCUCGCCGUCGUCCGCUUGUGUUUUUCUAACCCAGUGACUCGCACCGAUUCUACUCAAUCACAACUCAGGUGUUCGAUCGUCACGAUGAAUCGAUUAAAGGUGAUCUCGGGUCACGUGUGUCCCUCUGACCGCGGCCGGGACUUACGCGGGUCCGACUGCGCAGCGGGAACCGGGUCAGGCGGAGCAGCGCGAGGCAACGACCCGGAGGACGUGGUGGUGGUUCACGGUGUGAGGACUGCUAUCUGCAGGGCGAAGAGAGGAGCGUUCAAGGACACCACACCUGACGAGCUGCUCAGCGCUGCCAUGACGACGGUUAUGAAGGAGGCGGGACUGUCGCCGACGUUGCUGGGAGACGUUUGUGUGGGUAAUGUCCUGCAGCCUGGAGCUGGAGCUCUGAUGGUCCGAGUGUCUCACUUCCUCAGUGGGUUUCCAGAGAAGGUUCCGGUCUACAGUGUGAACAGACAGUGUUCCUCAGGUCUUCAGGCUCUUUUCAACAUCGCCGGAGCCAUCAGGAGUGAAUCCAUCGACCUGGGUCUGGCAUGUGGUGUUGAGAGCAUGUCUCUGCGGUCAAUGGGGGAACCUGGGGAUCUGAGCUCCCGGCUGAUGGACCACGACAAGGCCAGAGACUGCAUCGUCCCCAUGGGCAUCACGUCGGAAAACGUUGCUGAGCGAUUCGGAAUCUCCCGAGAGAAGCAGGACGCCUUUGCGCUCAGCUCUCAGAAAAAGGCGGCACGGGCGCAGAGUGGCGGUCUUUUCGACCACGAGAUAGUUCCCGUCACGACUAAAUUAGUGGACGACGAAGGUCGCGAACGUCAAGUGACGGUUCGUAAAGACGACGGGAUCAGAGCGGGGACGACACUGGCGGGACUUGCUAAGCUCCGCCCCGCUUUCAAACCUGACGGCAGCACCACAGCAGGGAACUCAAGUCAGGUGAGCGACGGAGCUGCGGCCGUUUUGAUUGGUCGGCGUUCUGUGGUGGAGGCUCUGGGUCUGCCGGUGCUGGGCGUCCUGAGGGGCGGAGCCGUGGUCGGCGUUCCGCCUGACGUCAUGGGGAUCGGACCGGCGUUCGCCAUCCCAGCUGCUCUGGAACAAGCCGGUCUGAGUUUGGACGAGAUCGACGUGUUUGAAAUAAACGAGGCCUUCGCCAGUCAGGCGCUAUACUGCGUGGAGAAGUUGGGGAUUCCUCUGGAGAAGGUGAACCCUAAUGGGGGCGCCAUCGCGCUGGGUCAUCCUCUGGGCUGUACCGGCGCUCGCCAGGUGGUGACACUGCUCAACGAGCUCAAACGCAGAGGCGGGAGGAAGUACGGCGUCGUGUCCAUGUGCAUCGGGACCGGGAUGGGAGCUGCCGCUGUCUUCGAGUACCCUGGCCCGUAGGCCACGCCCACAAGUCGAGUGGGUGAAAUCAUUGGUUCAUGAACAGAAACGAUAAAUAAUAACAAUCAGUUCAUCAAUAACAAAUAUAAAAGAAAGAAAAAUCAAUUGAUGAUGAAAAUGAUUGUUAGUUGAUCGUAACAGACGACCGGUCACCCGGUCGCCGUGGCAACAAAAACUAACUCUAAACACCAAUUGAACAAUUUUUAAACUAAUGCUUACAAAUGUGUUAAAAAUCCGAAAACGCUUCCGUUCAGUGAGAACCUCACGUUUAACGAUGAACUUUGUGCAAUCGUGGUCAGUUUGAAUUUUAGCGCCCCUUGGAGUCCACGCAUUCAAACGAAGCUUUUUCGUUUUUACCGUUCGUCGGUUUGCGUCACACUCUCUAUUGCCCCCUGGUGGUGACUGAUAACAUGUCGCUAAACUGUUAUCAAUGACAGACAAAAGUAACGUGGACAAGAUUAGCCCACUAUCUUGGCUACAAUGUUAGCAGAAAUCCCAGUUCACACUUUUGCUACCCGAAACUUGCAUUGCCAGCCACUGGGGGGCAACACUCAUGAUUCCAAAGGUGUAUCUGAAAGCAGUGUUUAAAGAAUUUUAUUUGCGUUAAUGAAGAGAAACUCGCAGAUUGUGCGAUAACAUUUUCAUAAAGACUUAACAAACUGUAAAGCGACGUUCACACCAAACACAAAGCAAAUAGUAUUUUUACGUGUGGAGAGAAAUGGCGCCCCCUUCUUUUCUGAAGAGUCGUUACAAGUAAAGCAAAAAUCUGCUAGUUUUGUCGCUCAAACCAAAAACGCAAAGAAGGAAAAUUUGGGUCAUGAAAAAGUCAAUGGAAAGAAACGGCGCCCUCUACUCUCCUCGUUUGAGGAAUAUAUUUAAAUAUUCGCAUAUGAUUCGCGCAAUGUAUCGUUAAAAUUAGCUACAUGUUUUGUGGGAGGAGUUAGGUGAACGACGUAAAGGCACGAAAGAACGUACGUUACUCUGUAACCAUGACAAUAGGAGUUUGUUGAUUUGCUGUCAAAUUAAAACAUUUUAACGAUUUCAACGUA